AGCAGUUGUAAAACAUGAUCGAAAGUGAAGCAAAGUGUGCGCACAGUACGUUCAUAAUUAUUUAAAUAGUUAUGUGUUGUAUCUAUUGAAGUGAAGUGUUUAUCCGUUCCUUAUAUUAAUUACUAAUUGCUAUCAGCAUGAUUACUGGACUGCAGCUCUCUCUACCAAUCUGUUUCCUUGCUGCUGUUCUGUUCUGGACGAAUUCCGCAGGAGUUUUCAUACCAAAUCUAACAGAAGCAUGCUAUCGUUGUCUCUGUCACGUAUCCACUCGUUGCCUAACGUCCCAUGAGUGCACGGCGGGAUAUUGUGGACCAUUCAACAUUUCAAGGGUCUACUGGAUCGACGCUGGCAAAGUUACACUACCUGAAGACGAUCCAAAUAGAAAUCAUGCGUGGGAAGACUGCGCGCGUAAUUAUUAUUGCUCGAAGCGAAUAAUAGAAGGCUACUUAGAAAAAUUCGGAAAAGACUGUAACGGUGAUGGCGUGACCAAUUGCUUUGACUACAUGAUGAUAAACGGCAACGGGGGUUACGGGUGCACCGCGCCGCUCAACCGCUCAGAGAACGGUCGACGGUGGCUGGCACGUUAUGAAGAAUGCAGACAUUCACUCGAAUGACCUUGAACAUUACUGAGCUAAAAUAAAUACGUCGAUGUCUUAUUUUUUA